UUAAAGUCCCAGCCUACUAUAAAUAUAUAUACAACGAUUCCUUGUCAUCUCCACAAUCCCAACUCAAAAUGGACCAAAACCUCACACAACAAAAAUGGGAGGCAAAAGUUUGCACUACUCUCGAAAAGGCGGAGCCCGACCAAAUCUGGCCCUUUUUCCAAGACUUUUUCGGGCUCCACAAAUGGUUUUUGGGGCUCCCAAAUUGCCACGGGAUCCAUGGAACCAAUGGAGAGCCCGGGUGCAUUCGCUACUGCUCGGGCUUCGGGCUCAGGCAGGAAGCGGAUGAGAUAAAAUGGUCCAUGGAAAGGUUGGUGGCAAUAGAUCAUGCCCAAAAAACAUUUACUUAUGAGAUGGUAGAUUCUAACAUAGGGUUCAAGUCCUAUGUUUCGACCAUUAAGGUUGUUCCUGCCGCCGGAGGAGGAGGAGGAGGCGCUGUGGAGUGGUGGAUCAGCCUUGAGCCGGUGGAGGGUGCGAAGUUGGAGGAUUUGGUGGCCAAGUAUCAAGUGGCUUUGCAGCUUAUGGUGAAGAAAAUGGAGGAGGGUGCUGUUUCUGGAUCUUCAUGAUUUUAAUUAUAUUAAAUCACAAUUUGUGUGAUUGUGUAUGUCUUUUUAUUUGACUAGUACUUUUUUUGUUAUUAAUAACAAUAUUGUUGUUGUUGUUUAAUUUAAUCUUUCGUGUGUUGUUUAUAUAAUGAAUGAAGUUUAUUUCGGUUGUGGUUAAA